GGGGCCGUCAUCCGGCUGCACAACACGCCCGUCAACGCGCUCAGCUCUGCAGUCGUCCAGGCUUUAGCACAAGGAGUGAAGAAAGCAGACUCAGACCCUUCUGUGAAAGCUGUUGUGAUUUGUGGGGCAAAUGGGAAAUUUUCUGCAGCCAAGAGACAGACCUGCUUUGGCAGAAACAGUCUCUCUGAUAGAGAGAAGUCAGAAGCCAGUGGUGGCUGCCAUUGAAGGCGUGGCUUUGGGAGGAGGCUUGGAAGUAGCACUGGGCUGUCAUUACAGGAUUGCACAUGCACAGGCCCGGGUAGGUUUUCCAGAGGUUCUCCUUGGGAUACUUCCUGCUGCUGAAGGAACACAGCGACUCCCCCGACUGAUUGGGGUACCAGCUGCACUUGACCUAAUCACCACAGGAAGACAUGUACUGGCAGCCGAAGCACUGAAGUUGGGCAUAAUUGAUGAAAUCAUAAAGGAAAACACAGUUGAGAGAGCCAUCGAGUUGGCAAGUAAAGUCUCUGGCCAGCCACUAGGACCACGCAAAAUCAGCCUGAAACCCGUUCCAGAUCUGCCGCAUAUGGAAGCCAUUCUCAGUGAGGCCCUUGUGAAGGUGAAAAGAAAAGCUCGCGGGCGUCUUUCUCCAGAGAUGUGCAUCCAGGCAAUCAAGGCUGCUGUGCAACUGCCUUUUGCAGAGGGGGUUCAGAAAGAGAGAGAGCUGUUUAAGUUCCUGUUGGGAUCAGGCCAAGCCAAAGCACAGCAGUAUGCUUUCUUUGCAGAGAGAGCAGUUCAGAAAUGGACAAUGCCAUCUGGAACUUCCUGGAAAACUGCUUCAGCUCAACCCAUCCGGAAAGCAGCUGUGAUAGGGCUGGGAACAAUGGGCCGAGGCAUUGUGACUUCUCUGGUAAAGGCCAAGAUGUCGGUAGUAGCCCUAGAGCAGGACCAGAAACAACUGGACGUUGGAAGAGAAGCCGUGACAUCUCUUCUGCAAUGGGAGGCUUCAAAAAUGCAGCAGAGUGGCCAAAGCCAGGACAUCUGUGACCCUGCUUGUCUCCAGUUCACUCUUGACUUUGGUGCAUUGCGGGAUGUAGACUUAGUUAUUGAGGCAGCGUUUGAGGACAUGGCACUGAAGAAGGAGAUCUUCCGGAAGCUGUCAACCAUCUGUAAGCCAGAGGUCUUCCUGUGCACUAAUACUUCAGCGUUGGAUAUUGAUGAAAUUGCUGCAGUCACUAGCCAUCCUCACCAAGUCAUUGGCACUCACUUCUUCUCACCUGCUCAUGUCAUGAAGCUACUGGAAGUAAUCCACGGUCGUCACACAUCCCCCACCACCAUUGCCACAGCCAUGAGUCUGGCCAAGACCUUAAACAAAGUUGGGGUCUUAGUAGGGAAUUGCUUUGGGUUUGUUGGGAACAGAAUGAUGGCUCCUUAUGUAGAACAGGCAAUUUUCCUUCUAGAGGAAGGUUGUAAGCCGGAAGAAGUAGACCAGGCUGUAGAGGGAUUUGGCUUUCAUAUGGGCCCUUUUCGAAUGUUAGAUCUUGCUGGGCUUGACGUGGGCUGGAGAUCUCGAAAGGGGCAAGGCCUGACUGGACCAAAACUGGCUCCAGGAACUCCUGCUCGCCAACGUGGGAGCAGGAGAUAUAGCCCCCUGCCUGAUUUCUUGUGUGAGCAGGGAAGGUAUGGCCAGAAGGCAGGAAAGGGCUGGUACUUGUAUGAGAAACCUGGGGGUAGGACAGCUAAUCCAGAUCCCUGGCUGUACAGCUUCUUGUCUGAGUAUAGAGAAACCCAUGGUAUUAAAGCCCGCUUUGUAGACCAGGAGGAGAUCCUGGAGCGCUGUCUGUAUGCCCUCAUUAAUGAGGGCUUUCAGAUCUUAGCGGAUGGGACAGCAUCUGCCCCAGAGGACAUUGAUGUCAUCUAUAUCUAUGGCUAUGGGUGGCCAACGCACAGGGGUGGACCUAUGUUCCAUGCCUCUACUAUUGGGCUCCCCCAUGUCCUGUCAAGGCUGCAGAAAUAUUCUGAGGCCCAUCCUGACAUUCCCAAACUGCAGCCGAGCCCUUUUCUGAAGAAGCUGGUGGCCCUGGGAAGCCCUCCCCUGAGAGAGUGGGUGUCCCAUGUGGGACAGCCCAGCAGUAAGCUGUGACUGCAAAAUAACCUACUCGACUUACAGUUGCCUCUCAGCACUGUAACUGGCACUAUCUCUUUCCAGUAAAAAGCAAGACACAGCAGGCUCACCAGUAAUGUCACUGCCCUUUCUGUAGCUUAGGCCAAUGGAACAAUUUCAGCCCCUAAGAUUGUUUGAGAUUGAAGAGAAUAGAUGCACCAAUCAAUGGUAAUUGAUGCACUGUCCUUGAUCAUGCUGCUAGGAGUCCCCAUUGCCCACUCGUGCUACUACUCUGGGCCUGUCUCACUUCACCUGACUGACUCCAUUCAUAUGACCACAGGCACAUCUUUCACUGCCAGCCCCCUGGCCUCUCCCUCUUGCUGAGGGAGGGAGCAGCCCUUGAUAGCCAGCAAGGCAGUUCCAAGCAGGUUAGGGGAGAUGGAGCCAGCCACCAUUCCCUGUAGGCAUCCCAACCCAGCUCUGCCUUGCAGCCAUGGCAGGUCCUCUCUCCUUCUUGCCAGAGUUUGGAAGUGGCUCCAGAUGAGAGCCACCUGGGAAGGGAUGGACCUCUCCCUCCUACAGGAAACAGGCAAGGGGCAGUAAAUUAUAAUGAAGGAAGAGGGCAGGAGGAGAUAUAAACCAAGUGUGAGAGUGAGGGCCAGCACCUGGCACCUACCCCACCCCAAAAAUCACAGGAAUAAACACUUGCAGUUGCAAAGAAGAAAAGUACCUGACUGUAACUCACUUGUGAAUGCCUGCUAUUUGGCAUCUGGCUUUCUACUCCCAGAGCCUGUCCCCUGCCCUCCUGUCUUUUCCCCCAGACUGAAGUGCCUUCUCUAAUUUACAAGUCUGAUUCUUUUAUCUGCCCUUCAUCAGCAAUAUUUUGCCUGCCUCCAAAAGACCUAGCCAGAGGGUUCUGUGUGCUCUGAUAUAUGGGAUAAAAUGCCUUAUAUGACCCAUAGCAGUGGUGCAGAGGGCAAAGGACUCACUGGGAAAUAGAUGGACUCCAGAGCUCUGCGGGCAGGAGCAGUGCUACGGGUAGGGAAGGUGGCCAAAAGAGCAGAAAGAAAAAUAUUCGCAUUUGCUUCUUUUUGAGCUUAGCACUGCACAGGAUCAGGACUUCAUGUUGAUCCAAGGGGGAGUGGGAUGCACAGCUGCUUGUUUCAGGGAAGUCCAUCUUGUAAAUCGAACCUUCUGUUUCAUUGAUAUUGUAAUAAAAUGAUUCUUGCUUUCUGUCUUCACA